AUGGCACUUGAAUUUCUAACCUUUCUGUCACGAGACUUUACUCGACUUUUGGAUACCGCGUGUGAUCAUGAUGUCGAGAUACAAGUCGGCGAAAAGGAUGACGUACAAACAUAUAAAGCGCACUCGUUAAUUCUACGAGCACGGUCUGCUUAUUUUGCUACAGCGCUAAGUAAUGAAUGGGCACGUACCGAAGACAAUAAUAAUAGUAUUCUUUCAUUCAAGAAACCGAAUAUUUCCCCAUUUGUAUUUGGUGUCAUAUUGAGAUAUAUUUAUGGAGGAAUGAUAUAUUUGACCAAAUACAACGGUGCGGAAGUGCUCGAUUUAUUAAUCGCAGCCGAUGAAUUGGGUCUAACAGAUUUAUUCGAUCAUAUUCAAAAUCAUCUGAUCAAUGAAAAAGCUGAUUGGAUACGUGAACAUUUUGCACUCGCGCAUAGAAUUGCAUACCAGCAUAACUCGUUUUGGAAAUUACAGCAAUUCAUCCAAAUGAUCCGAGAAAAACACCCAGAGGUGGUGUUCAAAGCGGUAGAUUUCACGGCUUUGGAAGAAGAUAUGCUUGUUUCACUGCUAUCACGUGAUGAUCUCGCAAUAGACGAAGUUGAUCUUUGGGCACGCAUUAUGGAUUGGGGUCUUGCGCAAAUGCCACCCUUUACGUUCGAUAUUUCUCAAUGGAGACAAAAUGAAUUUGCUGCUCUAGAAAAAUUACUUCAUAAACUAAUACCGCAUAUCAGAUUCUUUCACUUCUCGUCGGAAGAUUUCGAUGAACGUGUGGUCCCGUUUAAAACGGUUCUACCGAGACGACUUUAUCGUGAUGUUUGUAAUUAUUUGUUGCAUCCUGGCGACACUUCGAAAAUAAAAACACCAAUCACGCCACCAAGACUUGGUUCAUGGAAUUGGUUGGUGAUGAAUAUGAAACCGACACAAAUCGAUUCAAUCCUGAUAAAUGUCAAACACGCGGCAUUAGCUGCCAUUUGGAUUGAUCAGAAGAAUAUUGAAUCAAACGCGAAAAGUGGUCCUGCGUGGGGUGAUGGCGAUCUAUGUUUACUUGGUCAUAAUUACCGCGAAUCAAGACUUUCUCAUGCUAGACAAUGCGAUUAUGAGCAAAAAAUACGUAGCAGUAGUGAAACUUUUUCGGUGGAUGAAUAUGAAGUUUUCCAGGUUAUUCGCACUAAUGGAAUGAGUAAAGAUUAUUAG